AUUCCUGUGGCUUUGACACGAGGGUUGUUCUCAUUCGUUAGCGAGAAAAAGUAUAAUGUUUGGGCAGCGGGCGGUGCGCUGAUCGGGGGCCACAUCGCUGCAUUGUGCUCUCAGCCUCAAGCCACCGUGCCUCGUGGUUGGUGCUGUCUCGAUCGAGGCUGCAAAAGACCUCUUGGAACUAUGCUUGGGGAUAUGCGACGCAGAGAUAGGCGUAUUGAGAGUUUCUACAAAGCUGCCGCUGAAGCAGUUGCGUCCGACAGCCAUCCUAUCGCUUCGUAUAAUUCCUGACUUCGUUCAUCGCUGUCCUGCAAUCAUCUCGCAGCGCCGCAAUCUUUUUGAAAAUGUCUGGCGCCUUCAACUAUCCACGCGAGGAGCAUCAUGUUGUUCUGAAUGUUGAUGAUGUAGUAGAAGUGUCAUGGUGGUCGACCUUUGCUGAUACACUCGUGGUGAACUGCUAUGAGGCUGGCGAUAUCAAUGGACAGUUAGAGAGCUUCAACAUAGAAAUCUCGCAGAACGGAACAGAGCCAUGGUCGCCAGUCUAUCUCUCUAGGAGAUUCGAUGACUGGUCAAUCCCCGCUGGUUGCGAACUUUCGAUCUCGCAAGCGGGCGGUGGAGCUAUCGGAGGUGCCACGAUAGGCGUAACCUCUGCGACUUCUCAAAGCGCAUCCAUCUUGGCCUUGUCUUCGACCGUACCAUGGGAUACCGAGACAACACCUUCCACAACACCUUCCACAACGCCAACCCCAACCCCGACACCAUCUCCAGACGCGAUCUCAAGCCCUGCUAGUACACCAUCUCCGACGCUACCCACACCCACACCUACAGGCCCGGUCGAUGCCACGACGGCAGGUACGGAGAGCAGCGGUGGCUUGUCGACUGGUGCGAAGGCUGGUAUCGGUGCCGGCCUUGGUGUUGGCGCAUUGCUUGUCGUGGCGGCGGCAUACUUGUUCUAUCGAAAGCAUCGCAAGACGAAAAACCUAAAUAAUAGAGUGAGCUACCAACCGGAAGCACAACACUACGAAAAGCCAGUUGGUGUUUCGAUCGCGCACCACACGGGUAACGGGUAUGAUAAGCCAUACAGCGACGCCACGACUUGGUCGCAGGUACAACAGCCGUCACAGGCGCCUCCGUCGGAGCUCGCAGCUACGCGAUAGAGAUGCUCAUCUCAUAAGUAGAGUCAAUACACAUAUGAUCAAUUCUGUGCGCGGCGGCUUUGCAGAUGCUUGUAGGCUUGAGGCGAACACAAAUAUCACGUAUACACAGGUUGACGCACUUCCUGUGUGGGGCAUGGAUGCAGCAUUAGACGCAGUAUUUCAUCUGCCUUGUAUUAGGUGCAAACCAACAAACAUGCCACAUUCAUCUUGUGCUGUGCAGAAUGGUCAUAGUCGUGCUUGCACACAUCCAUCGUUACGGUAAAGAUGAGCCGAUCUUCUGGCCCGUGCGCCCGCUUCUUAGGCGUCCUUAGGGGAGAGACAAGCAUACCGAGCGUGAAUCGUCGAUCUCGCGUGCGCAAGAAACAUUUGGCGGAAAGCCUUAGUUGACGUCAUCAAAGAUUCCAUUAUCCAGGAGACGCUAAAAUGU